GUCUAUCCUCACUUAAACUGGAGAAUAAAGAGGGUCUCUGCUUUCUAAGCAGACAGGCAGACGAUCAAAAAGAUCAAAAACUGUCAAAGAAAUGGGAGGCUGUCAUUAAGGAUCAAAAAUGGACGAGGAAAUGGGAGCCUGUGAGGAACCCAAAAAUAGAGCGACAGCUUCCUGGAGAGCUUUACGCUGACAAGGUCUUCCUAGAAAAGUUGCUCAAGGAUAAAGAUUUGAUGGAGAGCCGCACAAAGCAGGGAACCAAAGUCGCGGACCUGGUUUUGAGUGGCCUUUCCUACCUGGACACACGCAGGGAAUUCUGGCAACAGCAGAAUCCUAUUUCUGCCCGUGUGAGAGAGCGUAAGCUCAGGCAGCAAAGACGGAUCCAGGCCAAGACAAAAAAAGCAGCUGAGGUUCGCCGGUACAUCGCAAAGAGCAUGAAGGAAAUCAAGAUGUUGCUGAGCAGCGGCUUCCCUGAGGACAGCUGCAAGAAAGCUGAGAGGAUGCUGAAAACGGUACAAGGGUGGUCAGAGGAUGAACUUCCCAGCAAGAGCGAACUGAUCAGAAACCUCCACAGCUGCAUUGGGAGCGCUCGGUUAGAGAUGGGCCAGACAGAGGCUCUGCGGAGCCAUAAAACGGAUCUGGAAGUUGCCAGGCAGAGCAACCUGCCAGAUGCCGAAUCCAGAGCCCUUGGUAACAUCGGCAGAGUUUAUGCCAGGAUCGGCAAAUUCCAGCAGGCUACUGACAGUUGAGAGGAGAAGAUUCCAAUGGCAAAAUCCAGCCUGGAGAAGACUUGGCUGUUCCAUGAAAUAGGCCGAUGCUACCUCGAGCUGAAUAAAGCUGAAGAAGCCCGAGGUUACGGACAGAAGGCCCUGCGGUCAGCGCAUGAAGGGGGAGACGCCGAGUGGCAACUCCACAUGACUGCGCUGGUGGCCCAGGCCUAAGUAAAAUUAAAGGAUUACCGGGCUGCAAUCACCAACUUCGAAAAAGCACUUGAGAAGGCAAAGCAAGUUCACGACGGAGCUGCUCAGGCGACCAUCCUUGGUGCCUUAGAUGAUGUAAGCAUAAGCUUCGUCAAAGAGCUGAACAAAAGACGAGAAGAAACAACAGCUGACUCUCUUAGAGUUUGUGAUUCCAGCAGGGAGAAUGCAGAAGGCGAUGAUUCCGAGAACUGCAGAGAGAAAGAGGGAAGUGAACAAAGUGCAGAGAAUCAAGAUGAGGAACAAGAAGAAGAUGCCAGCAGCUGUAAAGAAGAAGAUGGAAAUGACAAAGACAAGGGGAAGGAACAGGAAAUCAAAGAGAACCGGAGCUCCGCAGCUGCCAUACGUGACUGGAAGGCAAAUGGAAAUGCUCAGCGAUGGGGCAAGUUGACUGACUGUGCCGGUUUGUGCUCUUCGUGGUUUCUACGCCAGGCACAGGCUCAGCGCUUUGUCACGGGCAGACAGAAGGGCCUAGACAAUUCCCAGUUUAGUGACUGGUGUGUACAAGUACCUCUGGAUCUCAGAUAG